GUUCGUUGGCCAACAUGUCUUCGGCCACUGGUGGAGAUAGAGGAUUUGAGUCAUCUUUGGAAGCUAGUAUGAACAGCACUUGCUCUUAUGGAUCCACACGGGCCAGGAUCUUUAAAAUCAUUGUGAUUGGCGAUUCAAAUGUGGGAAAGACCUGCCUGACUUAUCGCUUCUGUACCAGCUACUUCCCCGAACGGACUGAGGCCACAAUAGGUGUAGACUUUCGAGAGAGGAGUGUAGAGAUUGAUGGAGAGAAGAUUAAGAUUCAGCUAUGGGACACAGCAGGACAGGAGCGUUUCCGUAAGAGUAUGGUACAACACUAUUACCGAAAUGUGCACGCUGUGGUUUUUGUGUAUGAUAUCACAAACAUGGCCAGUUUCCAGAGCCUACCAGCCUGGAUAGAGGAGUGUAAGCAACAUUUGCUCACCAACGAGGUGCCACGCAUUCUGGUUGGGAAUAAAUGUGACCUGAAGGACUCCAUUCAAGUGCCCACCGACCUGGCUCAGAAGUUUGCCGAUGCUCACAGCAUGCCAAUGUUCGAGACCUCCGCCAAGAAUACCAAUGACCACGUGGAAGCCAUUUUUAUGACUCUGGCACACAAGCUGAAGAGUCAUAAGCCAUUAGUUUUGAGUCAGCCCCCAGAGAGCACAGUGGAGCUGAAUUCUGCACCAAAGACCUCUUUUUCCUGUGGAUGCUAGAUGUCCAUUUUAUUGGACUAGAACGCAGCGGGCAUUUUACAAGUUGAAUUCAUACAAAAUUCGGUUACGUUGGGCGCCAGGAAAGAUGCAUGGUUUCAUGGAGGCCUAAGGCAUGUGCUGUUCAGGGUUAUUAUUUUUUGUUGUUUUUUUUUCCAUUGAGCCUCAGUUGUAACUGUUGAUCAAUUGUCUGUUUACCUGCACAGUGACUGAGAACUCCAUCUUUUAUUUUUACAUUCCGUUCACUCUAACGUCUGAAAAGACACAAACCUUUGGCAAGUGCAAUUUUAAGAAUGAAGAACGAUUAACGGCAACGUGCUUUAUCAAUGUGCAUUACCUUAACUCUGUCUAGCAUCUCUGGUCUGUAUUUUACGGUUGUCAUUACAUUUUCCAGG